CCCAGUUUCUCUCUGCUUCCUGUCAGCUGCGUAGUGACAGCUGUGGUCCCAAACAAAUGAGAUGGCAUCAGAGACGCUGAGUAAAGUGGGAGAUGAGGAGGAAGCCAUGCUGAAGAAGGAAACCCUUAACGUUCUGAAUGCACUCAAUCAAAUGCCGAAGCCCUUUCCAAACCCCAAGUCUAUGAACAGGACCGUCGCUACCAAAGGACUCCCACUUUCCGCAAGGGGCAGUUUGGUUAACUUCUUGCAGGAAGAUACCAUCAACCUACUGAAGCCGAUGCCAGUGGAGGACUCUGAAUUCAGCUCGGACGACAGCAGCAUCUCCCCCAUCUCAUCCACCUUGCUGAACCCCAUCAAACUGGCUGUGACCCAGCCCAACAGCAGCUUCUUCGCAGGGAUACUGGAGGGCGAGCUGAACAAACUCCGCUUCUCCUCGAUGGGCAAGGAUGCCGAAAAGAGGGACCUGGCCCUCUGCCCCCACCAAUCGAAGUCCCAAAUCGCCCCUGGGGGCCUGCUGGACCUUGACAACCCCGAGCUGGACACAGACACCUCCUCGACCCCCUCAGAGUCCUCUGUGGUCAUGGACGUGCCGGAGGCGCCCUUCAUCUGUGAGCACACCGUCAGCGAUUGCACGGCUGUGAUUUCCUGGACCUAUGCCCUGGGCAAGCAGCAGGUCAGCUUCUACCAGGUCCUGUUGCAGGAGGUGGCCAAGACAAAUGACAACGAGCCACCCAAGGCAAAGAAUCGCCCGUGGAUCUUCAACAAGAUCUUGGGCACCACCGUCAAGCUGAUGGAGCUGAAGCCUAACACGAUUUACUGCCUCACCGUCCGUGCGGCCAACACAGCUGGGGUGGGGAAGUGGUGCAAGCCAUACAAAUUUGCAACAGUGGCCACCGACUUGAACAGCUUCCCUGAGAACAACCCCAUCCAGAUCACCGUGCAGCGCAAGGAACCCCAGAGGAAAACCGUGUCCAUCGGGCUGGAAGACAUGCGGAAGCUCGAAGAUCUGGAAUACCUACUUCCCUACUAA